AUGGUGGCUCCUACCGAUCUGGUGCUGGGUCACAUCCAGCGCAUCUUUUACAUUCACGUCCCGAUAUCCCUCCUUUCCUUCAUCGGAUUCUUCGUCUGCGCCGUCGCGGGCAUCGGCUACCUGAUCCGCCGCACCGACCGCUGGGAUCGCCUGGCCCACUCCGCCGCCGAAGUUGGCGUGGUGUUCGUGACGCUGGCCCUCGUUACCGGAGUCAUCUGGGCCCGGCCCGUCUGGGGCGUCUGGUGGACGUGGGAGCCGCGCCUCACCACCACCCUGAUCCUGUGGCUGAUUUACGUGGCGUACCUGAUGAUUCGACACUACGCGCCAACGCCGCAGCAGGGCCGCUCCUGGGCCGCCGUGGUCGGCAUCAUCGGCUUCGUCGACGUGCCCAUCGUGUACUACUCCGUGCAGUGGUGGCGAUCGAUCCAUCCGGUGCAGGUCAUCGGCCCGGAGUCGGCGGACGAUGCGCUGGAGCCAAUCAUGGCCCGCAUCCUCAUCUUUUCCUUCGUCGCCAUACUGGCCCUGUUCGUUUACCUGGUGAUGGAGCGUAUGGCGUUGCGCCAGGCGGAAGACCGGCUGUCCGAACUCCGCCUGCAAAACUCCGACCUGCAAUUCGACGAUCCCGUCGUAACCACAGGCAAUCUCAUUCCGAUCAAUACGCCGGGAGACACCACCUGA